CAGUGUGAUAAGGGAAUUGGCGGUCGGAUUCGAUAAAGGGCCUUGUUACAUCUGAAAUCGGCGCCGAAGGAAAAUCGUUCUAGGCCGUUUUCUUCUACUCUUACCCUAUUUGGACUGGGAUUCGGCGAGUUUUCCGCUUUUCUUUUCCCCCUUUUCGAAGAGGAUGACCGACAAAUCAGAAUCAAGUGAUUCAAAAGAGAGAAAACGUUUCAAAAACAUUGUCGACCUCUCGCCCGAAGACAUCGUCGAUCUCGGUGUCACGAUCCUGCCGAUGGCCGCCAGCUCCGUCCAACAGGUUCACACCACCACUAGACAUAUAUCUCCUCACCAAGUGUACAAUGAUUAUGCAAAAGAGCAGGAAGCUGAAUAUUUCUAUGGUUCAAGGGAGCCGAUGUAUCUUCAAAGGGAGACGUUCACUUACAGAAGGAUGAUAACUUACGCCAAUAGCGAAGAUUUUUUUUCAAAACUGUCGGACGAAAUCAUCCUGUGCAUAUUUUCCCACCUACGCCAGUACACUCUCACGUCAGUCGCUCAGGUGAACCAGCGUUUCCGCAGGCUCGCCAUGGAUGAGAGCCUCUGGCAGCGUAUUGACGUUUCAAAGCAGAUGCUGAAACCACAUGCUGUUGGGUCGAUAAUCAGCCGUGGUGUUCGCGUCCUGAAGAUGACUCGGUCGUACGUGGUGCAGCAGACAAAGGCAGUGGGAAAUGAGUCGGGUUCAGACGCACCGAAGGGAAAGGUCGAAUACCUGGACCUGAGCGAAGCCGUCAUCGCUAUAGACGACUUAUUGAAUUUGUGUAAAAGACUGUACAAUUUAAAAAAGCUUUCCCUCGAGAGGUGUGUCCUAAGUAGCGAAAUUAUGAUAGAAAUAUCAAAAAAUAAAAAAUUGGAAACGCUCAAUUUGGCCAUGUGCAACGGAAUAUGUGACAAGGGGAUUAAUGCUGUAGUCAAAUCUUGCCAAAGACUGGAAUCGCUGAAUGUCGCCUGGACCGGGUUAAAAGAGAGUGCGGUCAACAAGUUAGUUUCUGGUAUAAGUCCGUCAAUCAAGAAACUGAACUUGAGCGGACAUCAGCUAAGCUUGACAGAUAAGCAUGUUAUCACUCUGAUCAAACGCUGUCCUGAUAUCGAGGAGUUGGACAUAUCCGACUGUCUCGAAGUGACAACAGCUUCGGUAAACGCCUUGUCUGAGUCACUUUACCGCCUCCGGUCCCUCUCGAUAAGCCGUUGCUACAAAAUCGACCCUCUUGCCUUAACCGUGUUGUCCUCUUUGCCGAACCUGGAAAGUAUAAACGCAUUCAGGCAGAUCACUAUGGCGAACUUGGCCAUUUUAGAGACUCGCCUUCCUGGCGUACGAUUCAACAAGGACUUCCUCUCGACAAUAGCAAGGCCGUGCACCGGAAUCAGGCGAACCUCGAUAUGGAAAAUAAGAGUGAGGGACUGAAUAACCAACAAGUAUUUCUACGUUUAAAAGUCAAAUUAUCCUUUAAAUAUAUUUAAAAAAAUUCUUACGUUAUUUAUUAUUUAAAAAAUAUAUUUUUUCUUUUUUGAU